GAUUCUUUACUUGGUUAAUUGUAAAACUACAAUUUCCAUACGGCCUUAACAUCAUGACGCAUGGUCAGCGUAGGACAUUCCUACGGUGGGUGUCGUUUUUCUUGACACAAACCAAGAGCACAGACCAAAAGUACAGAUCAAAAACACUAGAGACAUUGAAACAAGAAACAAAAGUUUGUCAUGGAAGAAAAUCCAUUCCCAGGUUUGAAGAUAUCAGACUCCGCUGGGCUUCACAGUGUGGAGGGACGAUUGAAGUGUAAAAAAUGUGGACAGUCUAGAAAGUACUAUUGCUACAGCUGUUGUAUUCCACUAGAAGAGACAAAAGGAAUGAUACCAACUGUUCAGCUUCCAGUGAAGGUUGAAAUUAUAAAGCAUAGGAAUGAGAUUGAUGGCAAGAGUACAGCAGUUCACGCAGCAGUUGUUGCACCAGAACAUUGCACCAUACACACAUAUCCUUGUAUACCUGACUAUGAUAAAUCAAAGACACUUUUGGUGUUUCCCUGUAAGGAAUCUCUAACAUUUGAGCAACUUAUAAAACAAUGUGCACCUCUACAUAAAGAUGACAGCACCAUCCAGGACACAGAAGCUAGCGAUGAAAUAAAGGAACCACCUUAUAAAGUGAUUAAAACAGAUAUCGCGACAGACAAGACCCAGUGUGCUGGUAUAGGAGAUAAGUACACCAGUCCAUAUGACACUGUUGUGUUCAUUGAUAGCACAUGGAAUCAGACCAAGAAGAUCUACAAUGAUGAGAGGCUCAAAGGUUUACAAUGUAUAGAGUUAAAAAGUAGGGAAACUAAGUUUUGGCGACACCAAAAGGACAAACCACGUACAUAUUUAGCAACAAUUGAGGCCAUUUAUUAUUUCCUGCUGGAAUAUCACCAAAGCUUCGUGCCAUCAGAAUAUAUAGGACAGUAUGACGAUUUGUUAUUUUUCUUUGUGUUCAUGUACGGAAAGAUCAAAGAGUUAUAUGAUGGAGGGAAACAGCUCAAGGCUUACAGUUCACCAGAGACUGACAAAAAUAAAGCUGAAGAAAAAUGCUGAGGCAUACAUGUUACUGAUUGAUAAAUAUUAAAUAUUUAACAUGUUAAUAGAAUAACUCCUUAUUUAUUUAGUUGUUCAUGCCUCAUAGGCAUUUCAAUAAGUUAUUAUACAAGAGAGAUUUUGUCACAACUUGUCACAACUUAUUUAGUGUGUGUAUAUUAUGUCACCACCACACAUGGUGACAUAUUGUUUUAGUCUCCAACUUUUUUGUGGACGGCGGUUAGUGUUCGGUGUUUGGCAGUAGGCGAAUGUAACAAAUCAUGGCGUCUGUAUGUUAUGGCAUGUGAUGAUAUUUUGUAUCUAUAUGCCUUGUAUUAUUUCUUGUUGCCUUAUUUUAUUUGCACA